AUGUCUGCCAUCGAACGAGAAAAAGAAGACCAAUCUUGGCAACACGCUUAUGCUGCUCUGAGUAUUGCUUUUCUAUGCCUUGUUGUUGGAUUACCACUUUGGUGGAAGACUACUACCACCUAUCGAGCCAGUCUACCUGAUAGUGAGAUCACAGGCAUUGCCAGUCUGCAGACAUUUUGCAAGAUUCCAGUGACUGUGGUUCUUGUUGGUGGUGAUGUUAGCCAAAAUAAUCUGAACUCUCUUCAAAAUCAUCUAGACUACACACUUGUAUCAGACUACAGUGGUCGCUAUUCAAGACUAACAUUUCAUUAUGCUGUGAACGUUAGAAGUGCAAAUAAAAGAGAGACAGACGUAUUUCGCCUAAAAUCAACACUAAAAGAUUUAGAUGCUGAUAUUUACCUGCUGGACCAGGAAUCUACAGUAGGUUCUUCCAUAGUGUAUAUUUUACAAGAUUACAGUGGUGUUUUCCAUGUUUCAAAGAUUCAUGUUGGCAGAUACAGACAUGCUUUUGUAUCUGGACAAGAUUUGAAAUCAGCGGCUGCUCUUGCAGCUCAGGUUGUGAAGGAGCUACAUGUAAAUGAGGCUUUGGCUGCCAAGAUACAUGGUACAGCUGCUGGUGUGAAACACACAGAGGCUGAUGUGGAGAGUAUGCGGUCAGUGAGAUCAACACCAGGAUACGAGCUCACGUUCAGUUUACUAAAUCCCAGUCCUGAUGUCAUCAUAGCUAAAUGGGACAUUGCUGAAGGAAUCAGGAGUUAUUUAGAUCCCUUUCUGAAGACACUGACAGAAUAUGCUGAUUUCACUGUCAAUUCACAAGUGCUGUACUAUAUGGGAUUGGCUGUCACCCCAACCAAAGAUGAUACUAAUAAGAGAUAUGUAUUGAAUGCUGCUUCAUUGCCACAUCUCAUCAAUCCUGUGGAAGCAAAACUAGGCUCACAUGUCUCUACCAAUCCUACAUUAAAUUUCCUCGUGUACGUACCACCGCCAUCACAGUCACCACUGCAUAUACUUAAUGAGCAUGGUGAUACUGUCACCAAUAAUGCCUUUCUGAGUCCACGAUGGGGUGGCAUUAUGCUUUACAAUUCCCCAAGAGACACUAGUGGUAAUGUGACACUGCCCGAUACGGUUGACGUUGAUAUGAAGACAGUCAUGGAAGUGUUUCUCUCACAAUUAAGACUUCUCAUUGGUGUUCCGAAACAGAAAUCUGACCCGCUAUUGACUAUAGCUAGUCCCGACAACACUGGUAUAACACAUUGGGAGUUAGAUUUUCUACUAAGAACGCGAACCUUAGAAAAUGUUGCCACUGCUACUUUGACGUUGUCGUCUUUGUCUCAGUUGUUAGGUCAGAUACGCAAUAUGGUGAUUAGAGAUGACAUUGCAGAGCAGGUUUACAUUGCUGUAGAGUCUAUUCAAAGCACGCACAGCUAUUUAAAAGACGGCAAUAUGUACAGAGCAUUCCAUUCAUCAAAGAGAGCUAUCCAAGCAUCAGAAACAGCGUUCUUUGAUCCAUCCCUUCUGGAACUUUUAUAUUUCCCAGAAGAUCAAAAGUUUGCGAUAUACAUUCCAUUGUUUCUGCCGAUGAGUAUACCGGUGUUGAUGUCAACAGUCAAGGCAUUGAAAUGGAUCAAAUCUAAGAGACGUCAAAAUAAAAGAGCGAAGCGUGACUGAGAAACAUACUUGUGGGGGUUUUUGUUUAGCGUGGACUUUUUGUGAAAGAGCACCCUCUGUGGUCAAAGUUGUUGCUUCUUUUUUUCACAACUUUUACUCUGUGUUGUCUUUCAAAUUAAUGUCCGACAAGAUUUGUGCAUUCUCACCAUUCAAACUUUUCCCCAACAAGCUCUGUAAAUACAGUUGUGUGAAAAAAAUUUUUUACUUUCAAUAAAUCUGAAACUUUUGAUAAAAAUAUGCAUCUUUUUUGCUACAAUUACGACUUUCUCAAAGAU